GGGCGGGUGGGGGGUGGUAAGUAGGGCUAGGCUGUCACAGUGGCGUGGUGGAAUGUGUGAGGUCUGGUGGUUGUGAGGUGUGAGUUGGGCUUCACAGUGCGCGAUAUUGACCGAACGGCGAGGUCUGAAGCUGAUCUAGUGAAUUCCUUGUUGGGUACUUUGAAUCCGCAAUUCUGAUCACUGGCUGUGGGGAUAGUAUUUGAGGAGCUCCUUUUCGUGCAAAGAAGCGUAACAAUUCUCGACACCAUGACUUCCCCUACUACCCCAACGACAGAGGCUCUGGGUAAAACAGCAGACACCCCUCUGCCAAUUGUAAGAAAAUUUUUCCACAAAGGCCCUGGAACACUGUGGAUCACAUCCCCAGAUCCCGUCGAGGUCGCCGGCGGCAUCAUCUGGUCCGCUUCACCCAUAAGCGUCAGCAACACGCGUGUGCCUUUCUCGACCUGCAUCAAACCAGCAGGUCCACUUAAGCGCACGCUCCUAGUGUCCUGCAUGCGACUCCCGGGCGAGCUGCAACUGCGCAUCCUGCGCUACCUGCUCGGUUCUGGUGACAGAAUCGGGUUCCGCGGGACCUCGCUGCGGAGCCUGACAGCGAUACGCACCGCGGAUGUUGACAGGAACCAAUUUCCGUACUACGCGGUGCUGCACGACACCGGCGUUUCCAAUGUCGUCGACUAUGCGCGCAUGGCGUACUACAACUACAACACCUUCUGCGUCGCGCUGGGCACGUCUGUGGACGGGCGUGCGAAUGCGCUAAGGCCGUUCGACAGCACGUUUAUACUGUAUCCGGGGGAGUUCAUUAAUCACCACAUCUGGCGCCUGGAGAUCGCGAUGUGCAUUGACCGCGACUGCCCCAAUUACUGGCGGUACGUCGUGCGGCUUGCGAAUGGCGAGUAUGGGUUUCCGAACCUGAAGCACGUCGCUUUUGUGAUAUCGACGGACUGGAUGAAUGCGGGUAUAGACCAGGACGAAGAUGUGCUGGAGUUCUGGAAUGCGUUUCAGGGUGCUGUGGGCGAGGGGGUUGCGUUUGGUUGUCGUGGCGAUAUCGUUAUUCGCGAUGAUAUGGUGAAGCCUGUGCCGUUUACUCCGCCGGUUGAUCCUGCUACUGUUCUUCCGUAUUUGCAGGAGAAGAUUAGGUUUGCAAAGUCUUGAUUUGGAACAACAUCAUCGCCUCGGCUAUGAUACCGCUCGUGAUGCACAAUAAAGGUGUCAACAAAGAAGAGCGAGCACCACCGUCCCUUUCACUCCCACAGCACCGCCACAAACACCGUCACAACGACCAGCACCCAAGACACAGCGCAUUCAAACCACCACAUCCCUUUUUUUGUAUAUACACUAUCGUACUCG